AUGCCUUCAAUCCCGCAAUCUCAGUCGGAGGCACCGGAGCCACUGGACACGACGACCAACUUCGUGUCCGCCGCAGAUCGAUUUAGCUUGAACCAAAUCUUUGGGCAGCUUUGUGACCACGGCGACCUCACGGUGGAGCGUGUGGCCGAAGGGCUCGAGCUUCUGGAGGGCAAAGGAAGUGACAAGGAGUGGGUCCGGGAGAUUCUCCUCACGAACUUUCCGGGCAGGUUGUACCUGGAACGUGGGGACUUCAUCGACUUUGUCAACCUGUAUCGCCGGCACCGGCAUGCGUUCAUGGUACGGAUGUUUCGCGAGGUGGACACCGAUGGUUCCGGCACCCUGAGCCUGGACGAGAUCGUUGUCCUUCUGAAGCGGCGGGGCAUCACGCCUGUGAUGAGCUGCGUGGAGCGGAUCUUCCGAGAAGUGACCGGUGAACGCGAGUUGCGGGAUCUCUCUUUCAAAGAGUUCGUGCAGAUCUAUGACCUCAUUCAAUCACGCGCGGGUUUCUCUGACCAGGACCUUGCGAGGUUGAAGAAGGUUUGGAACCGCUACGAUGCCGACGGCAACCAAGUGCUGUCCGUGGAUGAGCUGCACCUGGCCCUGGACUGGCAGGGCUUCGCGGUUGAUCCUGUGGAGGUGGAGAGACUGGCUCUAGAGGUGGGUCGAAAGAAGGGGCUCAACCAGCAUGAGUUCCUCACCUUCAUGCGGAAGUACCGGGAUUUUGAGGUGCAGAAGAUCCUACAGUUCAAUCAAGAGAAGAGGAGAGGUGACGAAGAAGCACCCCUUGAGGGCACCGUGUCCUUCGUCGACCUGGUCGGACUGUUGAAGGAGAUCGGCUACACCGAUGUGUCCCCGGAGGUGCUUCAGGAGUGUGCUGCACUGGUGCACCUGGUGAGUCGCGAGAUGGCAGAAGGGAUCGCCUCGUUCAACCCGACCUUCACGUUUGAUGGCCUCUACCACUUCCUGGAAAACCUCCGGGCGUCGCAUGGCUUCGCCAACGAAGAGCGGGUGGACCUUCGCCACGCCUUUGGGCGCUUCAGCAACGAGCAGUUCUCCCGGAGUGGCUUCAUAGAAGAAGACGAUGCCAGCUCCAGUGCACCGGAGGAUGACGAGGAGGCUCAAGUCUCCGUCUUAAAGCUCCUCCACGUCUUGCGGUGGCUCGGCUAUCAGUUGGAGUUGUGGCAGGUGGUGGAAAAGAUGGACAGCAUCCGCAUGGUGGGGAGUGCCUACCUUUCGCUGGAGGAGUUCCUGCGCAUCAUGGCCAAAGUGCACCAGCAGGAGAUCGAUUGCAUCAGAAAGAUGCUGGAUGAUGACAAGCAGGUGGUUCCGAACCCGCUGGGAGGCCGCCCAGGCAGCAAGGAGAGCACGAUGUCCCACGAGGUCCCCGCGAGCGACCAGGCCGAUGAGUCAAACCAGAUCACAGCUCGGAGGCUCAAGCGGGUCUUUCAUCACUGGGGUUAUCCCAUGGCCUCGCAAGAGCUGGUCGCACUUUCCAAAGAAUUUGCUCAAGGAUCUUUUUCACAGGACGUGUGGGGCGUGGCCCAAGUCCUCCGCCGACAUCGGAAGAAGGUGCGGGAGCUCGUACGAAAGAACUUGGGUUUUCAUCGCUUGGAGGUGGAGUUUCUCCAAGAGGCCUUUGGACGGAUGGGCGCCACCCCGCCGGAAUUUAAGUUGAAGGGCAAGAUGCUCAGCAAUGUCGUGAGAGAGCUCUUCCCAGGAGCGGAGAGGGAUCAACAUGAACGGUCCCGAGCGCAUUGGAUGCUGAAGCAGGUGACAAAGUCCCAGGGCAAUUGUGAAGCGCUGGAAUUCCAGGAGUUUCUUCACUUGGUGCGCUUGCGCUUGGACCUCUCCACGGAGGCCAGGCUUCAAGAGGAGCAUCGAGCCUUAGAGGUGUUGAAGUUCGUUCCGGUGGAGGCCGCUGAGUGGAGGAUCAUUUUCCACAAGUUGGCGCGUGCAGAGCAGAGUGCCACCACCGGCGGAGUGCUCACGCAGGUCUCCGCCACCCCGGUCUUGAGCUAUGUGGCCGUGGAGGCCUUGGUCAGCAGUAUCGCCGGAGAAUGCACUGAAAGCGAUUCCGAGAGCCUCCAGGAGGUCUUGGCCAGUGCGGAUCGCGAGAAGAAGGGCAAGCUGUUCUUCUGGGAAUUUCUGACUGCAGUCCGAGCAUUGAUGGAAUCGAACUGGCACAACAUCAACGAGGAGGCUCAGAAGUUGGUGGUCGACGCCUGGGCCGCGAAGGAGGUGGAUGCCCUGUAUAUGAAUCGCUGA